AUGGAAGACAUCUGUCGACAUAAGGUUGUUUUUAUUGGAGAUUGUUCAGUUGGUAAGACAUGUAUUAUUGGUAGAUUUACGUCGAAAAUUUUUGAUAUGAGUUAUGAUGCAACUAUUGGAACAGAUUUUGUUACUCAAAUAAUGGAUGUUGAUAAUAAAAAAAUUGAAUUACAAAUAUGGGAUACAGCAGGUCAAGAACGUUACCGUUCAUUAAUUCCAAAUUAUAUUAGAGGUGCAUCUGUUGUAGUUAUUGUAUAUGAUAUUAGUGAUAAACAAACAUUUAAUAAUAUUGAUCACUGGUUUGAUGAAGUACCAGAUAGGAAUUCAACAUUAGUAUAUAUUGUUGGAAAUAAAGUUGAUAGUGAACGUGGAGUUACAAAAGAAGAAGGAAUGCAGAAAUCUUAUAAAUGGUCUGCACGAUUUAUUGAAACAUCAGCACUAAAAGAUAUUGGGAUUACAGACCUUUUUGAAGAUAUAGCAUCAAAUCUUGCCCCUUUAUCCCCUAAAUGUACAGAAGCACCACUUCGAAUAAAUGAGCCUACAUCAAGAAAUUGUUGUUAG